CCUAAUAAUUUACAAGCAACUUUAAACUUUUGUCCUGAUUCAAAAACUUUGCUGCGAUGGGGAACAGCAAUUCCGUUACGGACGACACAGUGCAGCACAUUGGCCGUACUAUGCAGUAUCGCUACUCUCAUGUAGAUGAUUUCAUUGGAAAGGGUUCCUACGGCAUUGUCUACAAAGCGAAAGUUGUCAAGCGUGGUGAUUAUGCUGGGGACGAUUUUGUUGCUGUUAAAGUGAUGCAGAUCUGUAUUACUUCCGAAGCACUUGCUGACCACGACAAUUUGGAGGAAGCCGUGAGAAAAUUAAAGAAACUUAUUGCGCUCUCUCACGAAAAUCUUGUAAAGUAUCAUAAAAUUUCAAUCACAAAAGUUCGCGUCGGAGCCACCGUCGAGCUAGCAAUGGACUACCAUGAAGGGGACCUCGGGAAGUUUUUGCGGGAAGCCAGGCACAACCGCGCCCUCUUGAGAAGUUAUAUGAAAGUUUCCCAGCUUGUGACGUGUAUAGCCCGAGGACUGGAGUUCCUCCAUGCGAAUCUCAUAAUUCAUGGAGAUCUUAAACCAGGAAACGUUCUUGUGGCGAUCUCGGAGCGCGGUCGCAGGAAUUUGUUGAUCAGUGACCUAGAUGACAUCGUUCACAUGCAAGGUAAUGCAACAUGUUCGGCAGACCUUGCGCAAUUACGCGGCACCAAGCGCUACAUGUCGCCGGAAAUGCUGAGAAAAUUUUCCCAAAUAUCAACCGAAUCACCGGGUCGGAAGACUGACAUCUGGAGUCUUGGUUGCAUAAUUCUGGAGAUGGCCGAGAUAUCCUGUGGUGUUCAGAGGAAACAGCUCGUGAAAGACGGGGAUGUUGUUGAAGAUGAUCUUACCGAUGACCAGUACGUCAUCAAGAUUAUAGACGGUUACGUGCCCUUUGUUAGCAACGACAUUGCAGGGGAAUUAGCUAGUCCUAUCCGGAAAUGUCUGCAGCCAGUGGCUGCAGAAAGAAUAUGCGCGAAAGAAGUAGGGCUUGCGCUUUCGAAAAAACAAGUUAUAUUACUUUUUAAUGACCGCUCUGAAUUUGACCGCACUUUUUUGAUAUUGUUCGAUCCUGUGACUGGUUGCUUCAAGAUUGAAAAAUUUGAUAAUGCCCCAGCAUCCUUACGCAACCGCAGAAGCGAAAUCAGAAUACAUCACGGUCAACUAGGAGAGGUAGAAAGGAUAUUCGAAGUCUGUUCAAAUUCCUCCAACGGUAGACGCACUGGCGCGUCUAGGGGGUCGCCAGAGCAGCCAUGGCCCCCCGUAACCUGGACGAGAUCGAGAGAAUACCCUUUUGUGAUCGGGACCCUUUCGUGUGAGUUCUCUGGCUCCCCCUCCGAAACCCGCCUACAUUCGCCACAGGGUAGACUUUCGAUCUUUUUUCUUUGGAAUCUGAGCAAAGAAACAUGGCGCGAGAUAAUACUUCCUUCGGACGUGUGCCUUGCAAAAAGGCUGAUCUUGAUUAACAACAAGUGUUAUUACUGGAACUGGGAUGCCCACUUUAUGAAAAUGGACAUAAAAUCUGGCACAACUGCUGCUCUGGAUAAUGGUACAACAGCAAUGAGGGUUGAAUUAGGUUCGUCCACUGCAUUAGCAAUAACAAAAUGUGGCGAGCACAUAUAUUAUGCUACUGCGUCGACAUUGUGCGGGUACGAUACGAUGGCCGACAAAUGGGAAGAACCGCGCAAACUGCCCGAGUGGCGAACAAAGUUUGCAAUGGGCGUGGUAAACGGCUACAUUUACAUUAUCAGUGGGCGUAGCUAUAUGCGGGGCAGCUAUAUGGCCAUUGCUGACUGCAUCCGUCUGCAAGUGGGUACUGGCUCGUGGGAAGAGAUACAACCACUGGGACGGCCGAGGUAUGACCAUUCUGCCUGCAUUGUCCACGACCGAAUAUUCGUUUGCGGGGGCAAGCAUUCUGAAACAGAGCACGCGCUGGAAAUCGAGGUUUACGACACGACACUUUGCACAGGAUGGUCGACCGUCGCACUGCUGCCAAAAGACAUGCAGCUCUUGUCACAGCUGGCGUCAGAAUGCACUGAUUAUUGUGGCAUAGGCGCCAUGACGCUAGCUCUGGAUGACGAUAUUGAUCCGAAUACCGCUCGUACUCAAUGAAUUUUUUCAGUACCGCAUUCCAGCUUUUUGUUGUAGAAGGUUUGUGAACUGUAGAUUAAGUGACACACUUGCAACAGUUGCACUGCAGUGUGCAGCUGAUUCCAUCACUGCGUGUCAACUGUCAAAUCGAUUCUUUGACGAGCUCUACUCAUCCAUGAAGAGACUGGAUUAUCGAGGAGCCUAGACAGUGGACCGGCACUUAGUUUAUAAAAUAAUACGUUUCCUAAUUUUUUUAAGAUAACAAUAGACGUGUAGUUACUAGUUAAUUACUAGAAGUAGUACAAGUUCGCACAUACGCAUAAUUAAUUACAAAGUUUAAGAGAGAUGAUCAUCUGCUACACCUAUAGCUACGGCUAAAGUUAUCUGCAUAAAGUUUUAUAAACAGCCGACCCUGUACAUUUUAUAUUACAUUGUGCGAACUGACGGACGCGCAUGCGUUCUAGUCAGGAAUCAAUACGUAGAUCCCACGAUACUGUGGAGUAAAUUAACAGAUUCCACAGCACUGUGGAUUGUAUCACACCGUACAUAAACUACUAGAUAUGGACGACUUCGUACACGUUAAAUUUUUGGAGGCAUGUUUUUUUGCUUGUACCCACAGUAUCCCACCGUAUCCCACGGUAUCCUCUACCUAUCACAUGUAUCCUUGCAGUUUUUUGACUUUUGUUCGAUUGUUGCCGUAUCCCUCCGUAUGUCUGCAGUAUUCUCUAUGUAUCCCACAUAAACCCCGUUAGAAACCUAAGAAACCUAAGAAAACCUGAGAACCCUAAGAAAACACGUACAUUAACGGGAUACAUGGAGAUACGCAAAGGAUACUGUGGGAUACGCUAAUAAAAAGAAUAACCACAUUAACAGUAUUUGCAAUACGUGCAGAAUUUACACUAAGUGAUGUAGCCAGUGUUAUAGGUAAAAUAUUGUUGCAUAAUUAUAUGACCAUCGUUUACAAUAGAGCAGCUAGUUAUUAAUUACUGCCCUUUAAUUAUUGUCAUCACAUAAUAAGGAUCAAUGCACUAGUUGCAUAUGAUUCAUCAUUGUAUGCUUAUUUUCUAUUGU